AUGGGGUGCCGACGAUUUGAUGAUCCUGAUAACCUUUGGUUUUCUAAUCGCGUUCGUGCCGUUGAACGCAAAUGCGGGAAGAAGUGGUGCCGGCCAAGACAUGUGGACUUUGACUCUUUCCUAAAGGCGUCCAUUCUCUUCAUGUACCUACGAAUCUUCCCUGGCGAGCGGUUUCGGACAGUCCUUUGGGGCACACAAGCGUUCAACCUGGCAAUCUGUGUCACGUUUGUUCUUCUCGGAAUAUUCCAGUGUCGACCCAUCCACCUGGCUUGGACGGCUUGGAGAGGUGACUCCGAAAGCCAGGGCACAUGUAUGGAUGUCGUCAUCAUUGCGAUGGUCUACUCGGCGAUCCAGGUUGGACUGGACAUUUGGAUGCUCAUACUACCUCUCACGCAGACUCUGGGUUUGAACAUGAAGUGGAGCAAGAAGUUUGGGCUUAUGUUUAUGUUCAGCUUGGGGCUUUUCUAG